AUGCAAAUACUGAGGAUUACUAAAGCUCUUAGUAAUAUCACACAAAUUCAGAACAAAAGUUACAGAGCCGACAUUAAAGUGGUUGCACCUGAAGAUCCACAAACACAGCAAUAUGUGUCAGAUUAUGACGGACGGCAAGAUGAUCCACCGCAGUUGAUGCACGAACAAUCAACCAUAUCACCUGAAAUCUGGCACGUACCGGGUGAAAUUCCUCCAAACAUAUCACUAAUCCCAUCUGAGAAGUUCAACGAGUUCGAUGUCGGGAACGACGAAAAUUUUACCUCAAGUGGUUGUGGCUUACCUUACAAAGCUUGCUACGGCAGCCAGCAGCACGACGUCAACAAAACUUUGACCUUCCAUGCAGACGAAAAUGAUUUUUAUAAUUGUUAG